AGGCUCCACACCCCAGGCCAGAGUCCACCCAGCUCUUACUGCCCUUGCACACGUGCCUUGGAAGGCAGGUGUCAGAACAUCAACUUGGGGUCCAUCUUGGUCAGGGUAACCCCUAAAUCCCACCUCAAGGCGUGGGUGAAAGUGAGAUCAGCAGGGUUGGGACGAUCGGGGCUGGGAAGCCAGAGGCCCCUGCAGGGCCAAGAGCGCGGGAGCUGACCCACCCGGGCAGCCGGGCGCAAACACGCGGGAGAAGCAAGGAGGCAGGGGCGGGCGACAGCUUCCCGGACCCCUGCCAAGGGCACGCUUGUGGCCGUGAAGCCACCUUUCCUUUGGACUAGGGCCUAGUCCAAAGGGUUCGGGGGAGCAGGACCCCAAGGCCAACAAGGGUUCCUGGUUGUCACUGUGGGAGUGGAGGCCAGAGAGCCCUGGGGUCCGCUCCGGACUGGAGGCAGGUGCCUGUCCCUCCUCCCACACCCCGUGCUAGCUGGGGACAGAGGGGCCCAGGGCCCCUGCCCACUCCAGGGAGCUCCAGGCUGGCACAGUGAAAGGUACAACUGAGGUGGCUACCUCAAAAAGUUUAAGGGCCGCAGAGCACCUGCCUUGCCUGGGGCUCUAGGAAACUGCCCCAGGUGACAGCAAAUCUGAAAGCUGCCGCUGGGAAAGUGGGCCAGGCUGGAAAGCAGCUUGGAAGGAGGAAAUGAUCAGACUUCAGGAUAGGAAGGACACGGGGGCCACGUCUUAGUCCCACGCCCAGAGCUGCCACUGAUUCCAAUUGCCUCCAUGGCUUCCUCCAGUGCCUAGCCCGGGGCCACGGAAAGCCCACAGACCAAGGGCCAGCGGGGGCCACCUUCCCCACAGCCCUAGAUGCCCUGAGAGGCCUUUGCUUCCUCAACACAGUGGGCGCAGGCUCACAAGGGCCCUAGUCUCGUCUGGGUCCCGCUGGCCACGUGGCCCUGAGAGGCAGCAGUACCACUCGCUGUCCGCUGGCCGCCGGCCGCCGGCCUCCACACCCGCACUGACCCCCAUAGAGCUGUCCCCAGGCCUCCCCCUCGCACAGGCCUCGCCCUGGCUUGGCAUCCCACACAAAGAUGCUCUUUCUGCUGCGACCUCCAGGGUGGUUUCCACGGAGCACCACUGAGGACCAGGCCCUGCUUCCAGAGAGCACAGGGCUGAGCCAGGAGCAAACAGGAAGGGUGUUCCUGGUAGGAAAGCCAGCAAGUGCAAAGGCCCAGAGGUGAGGGAAUGCUGGUACCCUAAGGAUAGGGGAGUGGGGGGCGGUGUUGCUGGAAGCAGAGAAGGAGGGGGGAGAUGAACUGUAGGACAAAUGGCUUGAAUGCCCCCUGGGACUUCGGCUGGUCCUGACACUUUGGGAAGACAGGGACGGACCAGUCUCCAUGGGGUGACUCCAGGCUCACGGCUUUCUAGGUAACCCCCAGAUUCCUUACCACAAAAGAGUCCUCACUUUGAGGGGUAACCCCAGGGGAGAAAUGGACCCAGGACACUCCCUGGCCAGGGCAGCUGCCCCUACAGCCUGAGACACAGAGCAGUGCCUGGGGCCCAAGGACACAGAGACCCAGGUAGGCAGGCCAGCCAGAGGGUGGAGCCGAGCCCUGUGCCAGCAGCCUGUCUGGAGGAGGUGUUUGGCGACUCUUUGCUGUUUUACCCCUGAAGGCGGACAGUCUGCUUCUGAAGCAGCAGGUAACACAUGUGCAGUGUUCAGUGGCAAGGCGCCAGCUGCAUGUGGAAAACUGUCAGGGGAGGGGAGGGAGCAGGGCAGGGUCUGAGGACAGGCUGUGGUGAAGGCAGGGGUCCCAGGGGGUACGUCCCUGGUUUGGGGGAGGGGUUCCACCGGUUGGUCCUGAGAUGGCCUCCCAGAGCUGGACUGCAGGCUAAGCCCUGUCCCCUCCCAGACUGCCCAGAUGGAGUGACCACAUCCUGGCUAGAAAUGAAGCCAGAGGCCGUGGUGGCGGCGGUACACACGGCUGCCUAGCUGGCCUGAGGAGGCCAUGAGAGCCCUAGGAGCAGCUGGAGGAAGUGACCAGCCAGAGUAAGGGGCCGGAGCAGAGGACCUUGCGAGCAGACGGGAAUCUGGGGACACGGGAAACGUGGCUUUGUCCUGCAGCCGACAGGAAAGGCCAGGCUAUCCCCAGGGGCCAGAGGAAAAGCUAGCAGCCGUGGGGACAGAGAGGCCUCUGUGAGGGGAAGCGCCCAGCUGGCUGGAGCCCACAAUCCUCUUGGGGCCCGCCUGGCGCAAGAGAAAGGAGCCCCAGGGUUGCGCCGGGGGACCCUCAGCGAAGAGCGCCCAGGGGAGCUAGAGGGGGAAGGUGGGUGUCAGGAGGGCUGUGCUCCCCAUCCAUAUCCCAGGAGGCCACCUGGGGACAGGUUUUCUGCAGGGCGCCUGGCCCCGCCCUUGGGAGGUGGGUUGGGCGGCCAAACCCCGCAAGGGCGGAACCGCGGCGGGAGGGCUGGUGUGGUGGGGGUUGGGAAGUAUAAGGGGGCCGCUCAGGGGUCCCUCCCCCACCCGCGAGGUCGGGAGGGAGGCAGAGUUGGGGGACCCAGCCCUCUACUGGCCGGGGGCCUCCGCGCGAGGCUCCGACCCCUCCGCUCGAAAAUCAAACCGGGCUGCCGGCCUCUCAGCCAAUCGGAGAGGAGAUGGGUCAGCCUCGGCCAAUGGCCGCCGCGAAUGCUAAUGAGCGCUGACAACGCGAGGAAGCCCAUUCAAAAAGUCGCAGCUAUUGUCGCGAGGGGUUGCGUGCCGCCGGGCCCGCCGUCGGGGCGCGCGGGGACGGACUCUGGGCCACGCGGGGACCAGCCCGGGGCAGGCCGAGGACCGAGGCGUGCCGGCGGGCGCCCAUGGCCGGAGCCGCAAUGGCCGAGCCCGGCCGCGGGCCGCCUUCCGCGCCCGCGCCCGGCACGGAGGGUCUGCCGCGCGCCUUCUUGCAGAGCCUGCGCACCCUCUUCGACAUCCUGGACGACCGGCGGCGCGGCAUCGUGCACCUGCGCGAGAUCGAGUCCCGCUGGCAGGGCGCCGACGCUCGCGAGCUGCCCCGCGGCGUGCUCGAGGGCCUGCGCCAGGUGGCCCCGGCCAGCGGCUACCUGACCUUCGAGCGCUUCGUGGCCGGCCUGCGCACCUCACUGCUGAGCGCCGACGGCGGCACGCGGGCCCCGGCGCGCGCCCCGGCCCGAGGAGGCUGCCCGGCGCGGCCAGGGGGGCAGCCGCCGCCGCCGCAGCGCCUGGUGUUCGCGCCGGCCGACGAGCCGCGGACGGUCCUGGAGAGGAAGCCCCUGCCCCUGGGCGCGCGCCCCCCGCCGGCCGGCCCGGGUGGCGCGGCCCGGAGCCUAGAGAAGCUGUGCAGCCCGGCGGAGGCGGCGCCCGGCCCGGAGGAGCCCGAACGGCCCCAGGGCGCGGCGCUGGAGCGGAGCCCGAACACGGACGCUGAUGCAGUGGCCUGCAGGGCCCGGGAGCUGGGCGUGGGGGAUGCCCGGUGGGGCCCCCGUGCCCGAGGGGAACGUCGGAGACACACCAUCACCAACGGUGUGGACUGCGACCUGCUGAAGCAGAUGAAGGAGCUGGAACAGGAGCAGGAGGUGCUACUGCAGGGCCUGGAGAUGAUGGCACGGGGCCGGGAGUGGUACCAGCAGCAGCUGCAGCGCGUGCAGGAGCGCCAGCGUCGCCUGGGCCAAAGCAGGGCCAGUGCCGGCUUCGGGGCUGAGGGGAGCCCCCGCCUGCUGGGGCAGCUGCUACCCAAGGUGCAGGAGGUGGCCCGAUGCUUGGGGGAGCUGCUGGCCGCGGCCUGUGCCGGAAGGGCUCUGCCCUCGUCCUCCUCAGGGCCCCUGGGCCCCGCCCUGGCACCCGCCUCGCCCGCGGUCCCCAGCUGGCAGCAGCAGACCGUCCUCAUGCUGAAGGAGCAGAACCGGCUCCUCACCCAGGUGAGCUGCGGGCGGGGUGCGUGGCCCGGGGCCGGAGGCCGGGCAGGCCCUGACUGCCCUCCUGCCCGCCCAGGAGGUGACCGACAAGAGCGAGCGUAUCACACAGCUGGAGCAGGAGAAGUCCGCCCUCAUCAAGCAGCUGUUUGAGGCCCGUGCCCUCAGCCAGCAGGACGCUGGGCCCCUGGACUCCACCUUCAUCUAGCCGGCCCCAGGCAUGGACGAGGGGCCUCGCGGCCUGGCACUGAGCCCUGAGGCUGAAGGCGCCCUGGCCAGCCCGAGCACCGCCCUCCUUCCUCCCUUCCAGUCCGGGCUCCCCUAACCCCAGGAUGUUCUGAGACCCCAGACAUUGACUCCAUCUUGGUCUUGGGGGCCUGACCUGGGGUGGGACUCCAUCAUGCCAACACACAGCCCGAAGCUGCUCCUGCCACUGUCAGUGGACAGUGGGGGACACCCCCUCGUGUUCACCAGAUCUGGGCAGCCCUGGCAGCUGGUGUGUCUCCCCUCCCACCUGGGGUCUCCAGUGGAAGGCACUGAUCACACUAGGCUGCGUUCCCAAGAGUGGCCAGCAGAGGGCGCCACAUGCACUGGUGACUGCGGCCUUGGAGGCCCCGCUGUAGCGUCUCAGAUGGGGCCCGGAGUAGGGGAACCUGGGGCGGGCUGGGACACCUGCAGGUCCAGUGGGUGAUUGGCCCCGGGGGUCCAAGGGCGUCUUGCCCCGCUCAAGACUAGGCGGCUGUCCCUCAGUCAGGAGCAGAUGGAGGGUGGCCUCUAAGAAGGGGGUUCUGCUUGUGUCCAGUUCCAGGGGAGCCCCGAGGGCAUGGUGUUGGGGAUUCACUGGAUUCAUGCCUGGGCCAAAGCUGGCCUGCUUGGUCCUCCCCACGGACCUUAGAUGCUAAACAAACGGGCAGACCCAGGCCCCAAGCAGGGUUCAGCCUCCACAUCCCCGGCCCCCAGCCCUGCCGGCCCGGGCUCUCCCGUUUCUGGGCUUUGCAAGUGCUCUUCCGUCCCUGGGAACACCCACUUCCUGCUUCACCUGACUGGCUCCUGCCCAGCCCUGCACCUUGGAUAUAGAGGGAACGAACCGGCAGAGGCUGAAACGGCAAAGGGGGUAGCCUUUGCCCUGAGGGUAUCUGCUUUCCCCCUGAGGUCUUCGCGGAACUUGGAAGGCAGGACCAGAAGCCAGUGUCUGCCCCAGGGGUACUGCCCACAGAAGGGGGACCCUUCAGCUGCAGGGUGAGUGUGGAAGAAACCCGCGACUCAGGGAGAGGCCUCGUGGCGCUGGCUUUCCACGCAGGGUGGAAAAUGCAUCCUAUUCAUUUGCAGUCUGAAAUCAGGCUGCCUGUGCGGCCCUAGAGACCCCAAGGGGAGAAUUGUAAGUGGCCCCAGGUUGGCGGGGCCCAGGCGGCUGGUGGAAGCCAAACGUCCUCGCUAGAGCAGCGAGUGUUUCUUAGCCGUGCACGGGGGAUGUCUGGGGCCGCGUUAAGUCUUGGGGGAGCUGUCUGUGCCCCGUAGGAUGUUUAGCACCAUCCCUGGCCUCUAUCCACUAGAUGCCAGCAACACGCACACACACUCAGUUGUGAUGACCAAAAUGUCUGGACAUUGCCAGUGCCCAGGGGGCAAAGUUGCCCUUAGCUGAGCAUCUCUGCUCUAGAGCAAUGCAACUCCACCAGGCCUCAAGGAUUUCCUACAGACCAAGUUCCAAGGAAAAUGAGCAUCUCCAGCUUAAAAAAAUUUUCACAAACACCACAAGGAAAGAAUCUACCAUGAGAGCCAGCAGAAACAGCAGAUUCAGAUAUUCAAUAAUCAGAGAACAUAAAAUGGCUGUGUUUUGUACGCCUGAAGAAAUAAAAGAGAUCCCAGAGAAUACGAACAAGGAAUAGUCUUUAUAGUUUCUUAUUCUGUUAAAAGAAAAGUGUAAUCUUUUCUUCUAUAAAGGUGACCGAUAACAUGAAAAAGAGUCUAAUAGAACCAGGAAUUUAAAAUAUAUAUAAAGAUUUAAAACUCAAAUGGACCUCAGAUGGAAAAUUUCAGCAUAGCUGAAGGGAGACUUAGUGAAUUGAAAGACAGAGCUUAGGAAAUGGUCCAGAACACGGCCCAGGGAGACAGAGUUGAGAAAUAUGGACGAGAGGAGGAUCUUGAAAGAUAAGGGGGAGAGGGCUGCUUGUCUGAUUGGAUUUCCUGAGAGAGAGGCUAGGGAAGGAGGGACAAUAUAUGAAGGUAAACUGGCUUAAAUCUUUCCAGAAUUGGCUAAAAAUAUCAAUUCUCAGAUCCAGGAAUCCCAGUGGAUCCCAGCCAGGAUGAAUAAAAAGAAAUGACAUUUUCUCUUAAAAGAUUGCUAAAGACAUUGAGGGAGACGUCUCUAACCUUUACUGUGGGGUUGGGGGCAGGUGUGGUUAUUGGGGGAGGGGUGAAGAGACAGUUCAGGGAAAACCUCUCCUGGACAAGUUGAAAAGUGAAUGGAUACCUGAACCAAGCCUCAGAUGAUGAGUAAGAUAGAGGCAAGGGAGCACAUGGGUCAUGCCAGGAAUGGAGAGGUUUAGAAGAGGAAGAGUUCGGGAGGCGUAGAGCCAGGGCACGAUGGGCUAUGGAUGGACUUUGUACUUUUUCCUGAGCUCUGUUAGAGAGCUAUGGAAGGAUUUUAGUUGGGGGUUGCCUAUGUGUGUUUUAUGUAGCUUAUAGAUGUUUGUUAUAGAAAAAAACAGAAAAUAAAAAUAAACAGAAAAAAAUAUUGUUAAAGAACCCAGAAACAGAAAAACAAUUUGCUACAAAAGAGCUGCCGCAGUGACAUCAGACGCCAGAGAGAGCGAAAUGCCGUCAGUGGCUGAGAUUCUACACGUAAUUAUUAACCUAGAGGCCCACGUCCCGAGAAACUGUCUUUUGAGGGUGAGGGCAAAAUAAAAACGUGUUCGUACAAAGUUGAGAGUUUACCACCAACAGCACUUGACUAAAGGAAAUUCCAGAGAAGGAUUUCAGAGAGAAGGUAAAGUUCAAGAAGGAAUCGUAGACCGGGGUGAGUCAGUUAUCUGUGGCUGCAGAACGAGGCAACUUGAAACUUAGUGGCUUAAGGCAACAUAUUUUCUUGCCGUUUCUGUGGGUUAGGAGCUGGGUGGCUCUGGCCUGGAAUCCUGUGAGGCUGCGGUGAAGAUGAUCUGCCGGGGCUGCAGUCUCCCCUGAUGCCGACUGACAGGCAGGACCCACUUCCGAGACAGCACAUCCACACGGCUGUCGGCAAAACAUCACCGUUUCUUGUCUCCGUUGUAACAAUAAUUAUAAUGAUGAUGAUGAUUUGUGGGAGAGCAGGACAGGACCCAAAUAAUGUCAAUAAUGCCAUAAAAAUGGGGAGGAGUGAUUGGAGAUAAACAAUUCUAAAGUAUAAUUGUUCAGGGACUUGCCUGGUGGUCUAGUGGCUAAGACUCUGCGCUCCCAAUGCAGGGCGCCCAGGUUUGAUUCCUGAUCAGGGAGCUCGAUCCCACAUGCAUGCCGCAACUAAAGAGCCCACCUGCCGCAACUAAGACCCAGCGCAACCUAAUUAAUUAAUAGUAAAUUUUAAAAAUUCAUCAAGUGUUAAAAUAAUAAAGUAUAAUUGAUCAUAAGGAGGGAAAAGAUAUUAACUUUAUAUUUUAUUUUAUUAAAUAUGUAUGUUACAAUAACUGGGAGAACCAGAGAAAAUAA